AUGACGGCUCUGCGCGGGAGCUGUGCAUGGACGGCCGCGCCAGCGGCUGCCGCGUUGAUUUUGCUGCUAAGCUUCGCGGUCGGAAGCUUCGCGCUGGAGACUUACUCCUUAAGCGCGGUGUUGGAGCGGUACGACGGUACGGAACUGCGCCGCUACGAGCCAGCCACAUUCAGCAGUACAGUGCUAUCCCUGGACGAUGAAGGCAGCAUUGAGAAGGCAGCCAUCAUCGGUUUCCACCGACUGCUCAAGUACAACCUGGGUGACAACGAAGACAGCAGAAAGGUUGCCAUGACAGCUCCAGUGUUAUACGGUCUGGAUAUUGACUGGAAGGCCUCUUCACGGCGCGAUCUCCGCUUUCGCGACCGGUUCUCCGUGUCCUUCUUCGUGCCGUUCAGAUACCAGGACAAACCGCCGUCUCCCUCGAACCCGGAUGUGUUCCUCGUGGAUGUGAAGGAGGUCGACAUCUUUGUCCGUUCCUUUGACGGGUAUGCCACCGGAGCUCGCAUCCACCGCGUCGCGGCUUCCUUCCUGCGAGAUCUGUACGACGAGGGGCACCGCGUCGACUGUCGUACAGCGUACAUCGCGCAGUACAGCCCGCCAUUCCAGGUGCAAUGGCUCCUCCUCCGGGGGGAAGCAAAAUGA